AUGUCUAGUGCCGAAGCAAAGAAGCAGGCUGAGGAGAAGCAGAAGCAAUUAGAAGCACAACAUGCUGCUCUUCUUGACAAGAUUCUCUCCACAGAAGCAAAGGAGAGACUUGGUCGUAUUGCUCUCGUUAAGCCAGAAAAGGCUAGAAUGGUAGAAGAUCUUCUCAUUCAGAUGUCUCAGCAGCGUAAUCUUGGAGGUCCAGUUCAGGAUGCCGAACUCCUCGAAAUCCUCAACAAAGUUUCUGCAACAGAGCAAGCCCACUCCACAGUUCAAAUCAAACACCGUGGAAAGUUUGAUGAUAAGUGGGAUGACGAUGAUGAGGGUUGGUAA